UCCGACGGUGACGUGACAGCAACCUCUGGUGACUCCGCUCUCGCUACGAUCGACGUUCGUCUACCAACGUUCUGGCCUAAAAACCCGCAAGUCUGGUUUACCCAGGUCGAGGCCCGUUUCCACUUGAGAAGAAUCACAACGCAAAUGGCGCGCUACUACCACGUCGUCGCCUCUUUACCAGCGGAGGUGGCAGACCAGCUCGACGACGUGUUAGCCCAACCGCCACGAGAAGAUGCCUACGACCAUUUGAAGACAAUACUUCUCGCCAGGACAAUGACAUCAGAGAGCUCCCGCAUCCAACAGCUCCUCACCGCCGAAGAACUGGGCGAUCGUCGCCCGACGCAACUUCUACAUUGCAUGAAGCAGCUGUUGGGACCGCUAGCUUCAGAAGCACAAGGUUCCAUACUGCGGGAGUUGUUCCUCCAGAAGCUUCCUCAAGGCAUGCGCAUGAUCCUGGCCGCUGCGGAUGACAUGCCUCUAGACCGCCUGGCAGUGCUUGCCGACCGCACCGCAGAAUAUUCCUCGCAGACCGUCUGCGUUGCCACGAGAUUCGCAUUCUGA